UGCGGUACACUGAGGGGAGACUACGGCAAAGACAAGGUCCUCUACCCGCUUGACGAUGCUUACAAGAGCUUCAUCCAAUCGUACUGGGCUGCUCAGCAGAGUAGCUUCUCACCGGGAUGUGUCUUCAAGCCUGAUACAGCCCAAGAUGUAUCCGCUGCUCUCCUCAUUGCCAGGCGUGCGGGUUGUCCAAUUGCUACUAAGAGCGGUGGACAUUCGGUAGUGCCAGGAGCGUCCAACAUUCAAAAUGGCAUUACCAUCAGUCUUGAGAGGUUGAACAAGACGACAGUCUCCGCUGAUAAGAAGAGUGUCGUAUUGGAGCCCGGCCAGACAUGGGUCCAAGUGUACUCUAAGCUGGAAAAGGAGAACAUUCAAGUCCUUGGUGCUCGUUUUGGUGCCGUUGGUGUUGGAGGCUUUACUCUUGGUGGAGGCCUCUCCUACUACUCGAGCCAGUACGGUCUUGCGUGCGACAAUGUCAUUUCGUAUGAAGUGGUUAUAGCGAGCGGCGAGAUCAUCAACGUCAGCAAGACUUCGUAUCCCGACCUCUUCUGGGCUCUUCGAGGCGGCGGCAGUAAUUUUGGUAUCGUGACCAAAUUCACUGUAGCUGCUUUCCAGGCGAAUCCACUCCUGUUUGGAGGCUCACGAAUCUACACCGAGGAAGCCUUCCCUGCCCUUAUCAAAGCUUUCUACAGCGUUAGCACCAACUUGGCAAAAGACCCAAAGGCAUUUCAAGGCCUAUCAUUUGGUUAUGGCGGAGCUCAGCUUGGCAACGCAGCACAACUUGAUCUGGCCUACACUGAACCAAACCCCAACGCCCCUAUCCUCGCCCAGUACAAUGCAAUCGACAGCAAGAGCAUUGUCCAGAGCAGCGGACAAAACGCGACGCUUGCCGCGCUCUCAACGACAAACAGUGAUCCGGACGGGCUCCGUCAAGGAUCCCUGACCUGGACCUUCAAGCUGGACCAAAACCUCAUCAGCACCAUCAAGGACAUUUUCUUCGAAGAGGUCGCCAGCAUCGCCAACUCCACCGCCAAAAGCCCGUCGAUAUCCUUCCAGGACCUCUCCGCCACACUCAUCCAAAAGACGACUUCCAAUGGCGGUAACCCGCUCGGCCUGGACCCGGCCGACGGCCCUCUAACCAUUGCUCUCAUGAACCUAAGCUGGUCCGACGCCGCCGACGACGAGCGCAUUGAAGCGUUUGCAUUGAGAGUCAAGCGCCGCGCCUCUGCUGCCGCACUCGCCGCUGGAAAGGCUACAGACUACAUUUACAUGAACUAUGCUGGCCCCACGCAAGAUGUUAUCGCCAGCUAUGGUGCGGAGAAUAAGGCGAGGUUGCUGGAGAUUGCGAGCAAGUAUGAUCCGACUGGUGUGUUUCAGACAAGGGAGCCUGGAGGCUUCAAGUUGGAGGGGGCGCCGAGUGAUAAGAACAAACAGAUUAACUAG